CUGCUUCUUAGUGUUUUCAAUCAGCUGUUAGCAUUUGCUCUUGUUGCCCAGCACAAGUUCAGUUUUGCAACACAAUAAAAUGGUUUUAACGAAGGAACAGGAGGCAUUCAUUUGCCGCAAGCAUGAGCAGACACUAAAGCUGCGUAACGAAUACCUGAAGCAGAGCUCGAACCCUUUUCGUCAUGCUACCGGUGAGGGCGGCACUGUGUUCGAUGCUGGUCUAGCUCGCUUCCAAGCCAUGCGUGUAUCAAACUAUGAGCAUUUCCGUCCCACCGGACACUCUUUCCGCACGGGUCUCUUUGCCGUCGUACUGCCCAUUGCUAUAUACGCUUGGAUGCUGAAGAGCGAACGCGAUUGCCGUGAACAGAAAUAUCGCACUGGCCAGGUGGCCUACAAGGAUCGCAGGUUUAAGUUCAUUUAAGGCUCUCAACUCAGACAAUAUUGAGUAAUCAAAUUAAAGCGAAAUUGUAA